UCUUUAAAUUAUUUUGCCACCUCGUGUCCCCUCCGUAUAUUCUGAUUCUGAACGAAACCACAAUUCCAUGACCCCUAUCUUGUGUAUUUAUUUCGUGCGACAUUAAUGUUUUAUUGAAUGCCUUCUGCAAAAAUAAAUAUUCCACAAUUUUAAAACAAGUCUGCAGAGCCAGUUGCACCCUUAAAAAUGUUUAAAUGUCAAAUACAUUUCCCUGUCAUUACGCCAUGAUGGUUUUGUAGAGUCGAAUUGUAAUUUUCCAAGUUCCCCGUUACUACAUCGGUAUAAUCUAAGUUUAAAAAAAAAACAUCGACCUCUCAGCCGAAUGUUGUGUCAAAUACGAAACAGGCUCUUCCUCAGGAUUACAAAAUCAGAAUCAAAGGAAGCUUCAGACUUUGUCCGUCUGCUCUCAGGUGUGGUCAAAGUCAGAUCUGACUCUUGGCGCGCUCCAGGGUCUCCAUGGUGACGGUGUUUCCUUUCAGUUGGACCUUCCCCUCUGCCCAGCUCCUUUUCUUCACUCGGCCGUUCACGCCUGGAAUCUCGUCCUCGGCGUUCGGCUGAUGGGGUCUCGGUCUCCAUGGUGACGGGCCGGGAUUUCCAGGCCGCAGAAUGUCGACAGUGUCUAAGGCGGUUUUCGGUGUUUCCGUGGUGCUGACAGUAGGGACGGUGGCCGGGGUCCAUUUUAAGCAGCAUCUGGACAGGGAGAGGUUGAGAGAAGGAGUUUUCAGAGACCUUGAACGACAGGCACGCAAAAAGGAGAAUCUUCGAAUUUUGGAGGAACAGAUUAGUCUGACAAAGAAAUUGGAAGCAGAUCGACGUCAGCAAAGUUCAUUGACACCGGGAAGCUCUUAACAGUCUGAAAAGCAAUUGCCU